UGGGGGAACAACUAUCCAACAAUGGCUCUGUCGCAGUUCCUGGACGACUCGCCUCUGCGGUUGGGUCCAAAACACACCGGGGCCGAUGACCUGAACCUGCAGGAGGUGUACAACGAGAGACACCGGCUGGCCCUGGAGGAGCUGCUCUCGGGAGGGUACGACAACUUCUUGGACUUCCUCAGGAAAGAGAGAAUCCCCAACUUUCUGUCGGACGAUGAGAUCCAGCGGAUCAGGAGCGCCGCCGUGCCCCCGCGGUGUGUGUCCCUCCACGGGGAGGACCAGGCACUGGAGGAGUCUCUCGGCAGCUCCCUGGACUGCUCUCUCACCUAUUUCCCCGAGCUGUCGGACGUGGAGCCGCCACUGCUGGAGCUCGGCUGGCCCGCCUUCACCGCAGGUUCCUACCGAGGAGUCACGCGGGCCGUGGCGCACUUCCAGCCCAGCUACGGGGAGUGCAUAUAUGGGUGCAAGGAGGCUGCGAGGCGUAUGAUUAAAAGUGCCAGAGAGGUAUGCGCAAAGAAAGUAGAAAGGUUGUUAAAAACACAGCUGCAUACUGGUUCAGCGAGUAAAUUACCUUUUAUAAUUCUUUAUUAUUUAGCAUCUGAUUCUAUCAUUUCCUUUAAAGAAUCAGUGUAUCUGGUAUCUCAGAUUGUCAGUAUUUAUUUCUCAUUUUGAUAUUCAUCAAAGCACAUAUUGUAUAAUAUCUAGUUGUGGUAUAUUGUUUAGCAUUUUCUGCUCCACAUUAUUCACUGUCAUUGUAAUAUAACUACAUGUUUCAUAUAGUAUGUUGUAGGCCUAAGGGCCAUGGUGAUACCAUGACAGCUGGGAUUUGUGUCAUAUCAUCUUGAAACAGGAUUAUUGUUUUGGCUGCUUGUCAUAUUCCAAAAAAAAAAAAAAAGCCUGUGUGUGUGUAUACAUAUAUUGUCACUUAAAACAUUUUUGGAGGGGAAAUCUUCUUUGUACCUUGAAACAUGUGCCAGAUUGUCCCCAUGGAAUUCCCUUGAUCAGUCUAAAAUUUGGAAGUUCAGCUUUUUGAAAUCUUGAUCCAAAAGACAGCGCUGACGAAAAGGAUUAAAAAAAAACAGAGCAUGAAUAUUCAUGGUGAUGUUCCUGAUGGGAGCUGUCAGUCCAUCCUCGGGUUUUGAAAAGAAACAUUCCAGCAUAAGGGGAGUGUGCGGCUUCAGCAGCACUUCAGGCCUGUGCAGGGCCUGCGUGCCAGAUGUGGCUCGACUUGCUUUG